UUGAACGUUGUGGUGUCAUUCAAAUAUUGCAUCUGAAGAAAACAUCAAAUACCCCUCGAUUGAUCUAGUUGUUUUCAUUGUUUUGUAGCUGAGGUGAUCGUAUAUAUGCACGAGUAUGUAUAUUGAAAACGAAAAUAAUUCGACCAUGAUGGAAUUGGCCGUAAAUGAGGAAGAGGAUGAAGAAAGUAGAUCCAGAAUGAAAGAACGCAUUUUGGAUUGUGUUGCUCAUAGUAAUGGAUUUUUUAAAAGUCAACAGAUUGGCGACAGUGACUUAACGUUUGCUGAAAAGCGCGAGAUUGCCAGUGAUGUGUUACAUCACAACAUGCCUCUGUUUUUGCAGCGUUAUUGGAAAUACGUUAAUGUUGAAGAUAUUGAUUACUUUAAUUCGUAUCAGGAUUAUGAAGCUAAAUUUUAUAUUCAGGAAAUUCUGAGCAAUAACAACGUUCGUUCUAGCAAAGCUCGUAUCAGAAAUCGGCGAUAUGAAGCACUCAAAAAAUUAGUUGAUGAGAGUUCCUAUUUCAGUGAUGCUGAAAUGAAAAAGCGUAAUCCGUUUUUGUACGAGCAACUUAUUGGACAGUAUCUAACAGAAAAUGAAAGAAUAAAAGAAUACAGGAAAUUGCACGAAAAUGAUAGGUUUUCAAAUUUUCUGAUGGGACAGUUUGAAAGAAAUGUAGAGAACCGUCUGUAUGAUGAACAGAAGGAAGAAGAUGACGCUGAAGAAGAAGAUGAUGAUGAUACAGAGGAAUCAGAAAAUGAAUCUGAGUUGGAAGAUGACGUUCCUCCUACGAGAAGUGUUACAAAACAGGAACAAUCUUUGCUGAGAAGAGAAUUUACCAACAUCAUGUACGAACACUUUCUCGCUGGAAAAGAUCAGGAAUUUGAUUACAGUUCUGUGGACAAUAAUGAUGAUUAUGACUCAGUUGAUCAGCGCAACAUUGAUGAAGAAGAAAAAUAUUUUGACGGAGAUUGAAGAAAAAUAUUUUGAAGGAUUCAUAUUAUCUGAUUAAAUUUAUUUUCCAGUUUUUGGUACACACUAUAACAUCCAUGUGACUUUUUAACAGCUGAUAAACUCAGUAUCUCUUGGAUAAAAAGAAAUAAAAAUUAUAAAGUGAUCUGUAAGAAAAGUUCUGAAAAAGAAAUGCUGUUUUUAAAACCAUUUCUGGUGAACAUAGUGAUACAGGUCAACGUAACAAUGCUGUAAAUUAUCUAAAUGAUUGGUAAUUACUCUAAGUUAAUAAUAAUCAAUUCCUUCUACGAAUAUGCCAACUGUA